UUCACCUAUAAAUCAAUCAGAUUUCUCCCUUCUCGAACUAAAACACAGCACCAUUGAACACCCAUGGCAAGCUCAAGCUCAAGCUCUCUCCCACUCCAUAUCUGCCAUGGCAACAAGCUCACAACGAUCAUCAAUCGGUCACAUGCAGUCCUCCAUUCAAUCGCCAUAGCUUUCCUCAUACACUACAGGGUAUCCUUCUUCUUCCAAGACCCCAAAACCAGAGCUGCACCCGCUGUACCAUUGGUUUUCGUUUUCGCCUCCGAAUUGCUUCUUUCUUUCAUAUGGUUCCUCGGACGUGCUUACGAUUGGAACCCUGUGUACCGCACAGUGUUCCCGGAGAGGUUGCCGAGUGACGAAAAGCUUCCGCCCAUUGACGUCUUCAUUUGCACCACGGAUCCGAAUAAGGAGCCGACGAUCGGUGUGAUGAACACUUUGUUAUCUGCUAUGGCGCUCGAUUAUCCACCGGAUAAGCUUAGUGUUUAUCUUUCUGAUGAUGGUGGUUAUGCUAUAACGUUACAUGCUAUGAGGGAAGCCUGGAGAUUUGCAAAGUUUUGGCUUCCGUUUUGCAGGAGGUUUGAUAUCGAAACUCGGUGCCCCGACGUUUAUUUUUCGAGAACCAACGAUCACCAUCCCGAAUCAAAAAACUCGGACUUCAUAGAAGAAAAGCAAAAAACUAAGGAACAGUAUGAGUUGUUCAAGGAACGCGUGAGGAGAGCUGGAGAAGAAUGUAAACUCAAAGACAAAGACGUUCGCAGUGCAAGCAAUCACCCAUCUUGCAUUGAGGUAAUACAAGAAGAUUCCAAAGAGGGGUUGCAGGAAGGUGAAAUAACAGAGAUACCUCUCCUUGUCUAUGUUUCUCGUGAAAAAAGGACUCCUCACUUACACCACUUCAAGGCCGGAGCCGUCAAUACCCUUCUUCGGGUCUCCGCGGUGUUGAGCAACUCCCCAUACAUUCUGAUGCUUGACUGCGACAUGUACUGCAAUGAUCCAACCUCAGCUAGGCAAGCAAUGUGCUUCCACUUUGAUCCUCAGAUGUCUCCUUCUCUUGCAUUUGUGCAGUUCCCGCAGGCAUUCCACAACAUAAGCGAAAAUGAUAUCUACGACAGCGAAGUUCGAUCGGCAUACACGAUUGCAUGGCCUGGUUUGGAUGGACUGAAAGGACCAGUACUUUCUGGUACAAAUUUCUAUAUUAAAAGGGAGGCUUUAUGUUGCCAUUCUAUUCAAAAGGCAGAUAUUGAGCUUCGAGAACUUAAGGAUUCCUUCGGCCCGUCCAACGAGUUCAUCAAAUCGAUCCAACGAGACUACAAUAAGCCUAAUUUAAAUGGUGAUGAAGUUUCAAACAUGUUGCUUAAAGAGGCUAAAGUUUUAGCUUCUUGUUCCUAUGAAAAUCACACAAAAUGGGGUAAAGAGGUAGGUUUUCUAUACGAUGCAGUAGCGGAAGAUUACCUCACCGGAUUCGUUAUGCAAUGCAAUGGCUGGACAUCGGCCUAUGUCGCUCCAUCGUCGACGAGAAGGCCACAAUUCUUGGGAACUUCAACGACGAAUGUGAAUGAAUUAUUGACUCAAGGAAUAAGAUGGGGGGCAGGGUUGGUUGAUGUUGCAAUCUCGAGGUUUAGUCCACUCUUGUACGGACCACCGAGGACAUCGUUCCUUCAUUCGAUGGGCUAUGCCGAGCUUUCAUUGUUCCCUCUUCUUUAUUGCCUACCUCUUUGGUGCUUUGCCACCAUCCCUCCUCUUUAUCUCCUCAAUGGCGUCCCUUUGUAUCCUGAGGUUUCCGAUCCGUAUUUCAGUGUAUUCUUGCUCAUUUUCUUAUCAUCCCUAUCUAAGCAUCUACACGAGGUCCUCAAGUCCGGGAGGCCGAUUCGGAAAUGGAUCAACGAACAACGGAUAUGGAUGAUAAAAUCCGUCACAUGCCACUUAUACGGAAGCCUAGAUGCCAUACUGAAAAAACUCGGCCUGAGGAAAGCCAGUUUUAUGACCACCAACAAAGUCGCCGACGAUGAUCAAAUCGAGCUAUACCGGGAAGGUAAAUUCGAUUUCCGGGCAUCAACCAUUUUCAUCGUACCGUUGGUUACGAUAAUGUUAGUGAAUUUGGCAUCCGUUGCUGGUGGGAUUUGGAGGAUGUUGUUCAUGGGAGGUGAUUGGAAGAAAAUGUUGGGACAAGUUUUGCUGUCGGUUUACAUAAUUGUCAUGAAUUAUGUAGUAAUUGAGGGGAUGGUUAUAAGGAGGGAUAAGGGUCGCAUUCCUUUACACGUCAGUGUGCUAUCUUUUGUGUUUUGUUUGAUUUUCUUGUUAUUGGGAUCUUUGAUCAGUAAUAGUUUGUUCUGAACUUAACAAUAACAAUGAAUAUUUAUA